AUGGUUUUGCUACCAGAGCUUCUGGGGGCCGUUCCAGUGGAGCAGCGCGGGGAGGAGAAAGCGCUCGCGGCGUCUGGCGGUGAUGUGGAGACGCCUGUGGUUCGCAACAGAAGGAACGCCCCCGUCUUCGCCUUGCCUCAGUACCAGCGCCUGCCGGACUUCUGGGGAUGGUACAAGUACUUCAUGCAGAGCCACAACCAGGAGGGAAUCGAGGAUCUGGAUCGUCUGUACGUGGCCUACCUGCAGAACAAGCACAGGUCAGAGGAGGGCCCGACUUUCAACCACUACCUCAAGCACCUGAGCGAGAUCUACAAGUCGUGCGCCGAUUCCGACGACCCGGAGUGCAUCUCCGAGUCCACCAGCAAGCCCAAGGCCGCGUUGGUGAUGCCCGCCUCCAUCAAGUCUGCUCCUGUCAGGAUGUGCAACCCUUACCUGGACCCCUACUGCCUCUACCCCCUCGUCCCCCAUGCUGGCGCCCCGGAGCCCGAGCCGGCUCCGGCAAAGGUACCGGCCCCCGUCCUCACUCCCAUGCUGCCCGUGCCCAUGAAGAGCCCCACGGGCUUCUACUACUACGCCCCCGUCCUGGAGCCCUUCCUGAGCGCGGAGCAGCGGUCCGAGCUGCUGAGGAUCUGCGGGCCUGAAGACGUGGAGUGUCUGCAGUACCACCUGAGGGCCGCGUACGGCUACCGCCCGGCCGCCGGCCCGUCCCCGUCCUACGCCGCGCUCCAGUGUGACCCCCGGGAUCCCUACUGCAUGCCCACCCUGGUCCACAAAGCCCCCACUGGCCUCUACCACCUGCUCUACCCGAGCUGCGACCCGGCAGUGGACCCGCUGUGCGUGAGCCACGCCGCUGCUCCCGCCCCCCCGCGCGCUGCGGGCGGGGCCCCGAAAGAGCAGCGGUGCAACCCGCUCUUUGACGGCGGCUGCAACCCUCUGACCGCCACCAAGCUGUCCGGUCUCACCAAGCCCGUGCUGGAGUACAUGCCCCAGGACGAGGCCGCGCGUCCCGCCGCUCCCCUGGUCUGCGAUCCUCGCCAGAACCCGAUGUGCUUACUGACAGCCGCCGCCGCCCUGCGCAGGCCCGCUGAGGACCAGGUCCGCUACAAGCUGGGCAUCCGCGGCAAGACCAAGGAAGGCCACGACUGCUACGUGCACUACGACAGGGGCUGCACGCCGCUGGAGCCCGGCGCCGAGGCCGAGGCGGACGCCAGGCCCUUCUGCCAUCCGUUCGACCCCACCUGCGCCAAGUUUUCCGCGCCCCCCUCCGGCGCCGAGGCCCCGAAGCCGGCCAAGGGCGGCAUCAUCCUGCCCGACCCCGACUGCGACCCCGAGCUCGACUACAACUGCCGGUUGCGCCGCGCCUCCCGGGCGGCGGAGGGCGAUGGCAAAGCUGCCGGGGAAGCUGCCGGGGAAGCUGCCGGGGAAGCUGCCACUCCGCGCUUCGAGGAGUUCCUCAGGGGCGUCAUGAGCCAGCACAAGUAG